GCGGCGAGUGUUUGGUGACUGUGGCUUCCUGGGUUCUGCUGCAGUCGCCGCAGAUGAGUCCCGCGUCCUGGGCCGGGGCCUGCUGCAGAAUGAAGGAAUGAAUGAAUGAAGGAAUGAAUGUCCAGCCUCUGCCCAAGCUGCCCGCCUUGGCCCUCUCCUGGCAGCCUGGAGGAAGGGGAGGAGGAGGGAAUGGCCCCCGGGCCCCCCCAGGAGCCGGUGACGUUCAGCGACGUGGCCGUGGACUUCACGGCGGAGGAGUGGGGACGGCUGGCCCCUGCCCAGAAGGAGCUGUACCGGAGCGUGAUGCUGGAGAACUACCGCAACCUGGUGUGCCUGGGCCUGGCAGCGUCCAGCCCAGAGGUGAUUGGUCAGCUGGAGCGAGGGGACGGACCGUGGAGGCUAGAAGGAAAAGUCCAGAAAGGCCUUUGUGCAGAUCAGAAGACAAGUAAUGGAACCCAGGAGAUAACUACAAAACAAGGCCUCUCUAUUGAAGAGUCAUCCCAAGAAAGACUCAAAAAUGACAUUUCCUAUGUCUCCCAGUUGAGAGAAACUUGGAAGUGUGAUGUCAUGUUAGAAGGACAGCAGGACAAUGAGGAGAAAUAUUCUGGACGAUUAAAAAUUACCCAAAGGAAAAUUCUCAGUAAAGUGAAAGGCCAAGAAUAUAAUAAAUAUGGAAGACGCUUCAGUUUGGAUUCAAUCCUUUUUCCACAACAGAGACUAUCCAUAGGAAAGAGUCUCUGUAAACAUGAUAUAUACAGAAAGAGCUUUAGGAUGUAUUCAGACUUAAGAAAAUGUAGUAGACCUUAUUCAAAGAGGAUUUUUUCUAAGAAUAAUGAAUGUGAGAAACCUUCCAGUUAUAAUUCAGACUUGGCUGAAUAUCAAAGAAUCCAUGCUGCAGAGAAACCUUAUGAAUGUAAUGAAUGUGGGAAGGCCUUUUGCCAGAGCACGCAACUUAGAAUUCAUCAGAGAGUUCAUACUGGGGAGAAGCCUUAUGAACGUGAUGAAUGCAGGAAGGCUUUCAGCCAGAGCUCACAGCUCAUUCAGCAUCAGACAAUUCAUACUGGAGAGAAACCUUAUGAAUGUAAUGAUUGUGGGAAAGCCUUCCACUGGAACUCACAGCUUAUUCAACAUCAGAGAAUUCACACUGGAGAGAAACCUUAUAAAUGCAAUGAAUGUGGAAAGGCCUUCCACCAAAACACAGUACUUACUCAGCACCAGAGAAUUCACACUGGAGAGAAAGCUUAUGAAUGUCAUGAAUGUGGAAAGGCCUUCCACUGGAGCACACAACUUACUGUACAUAAGAGAAUUCACACUGGAGAGAAACCUUAUCAAUGUAAUGGAUGUGAGAAGGCCUUCCGGCGAAGCUCACAGCUCACGGAACAUCAGAGAAUUCACACUGGUGAGAAACCUUACGAAUGUAAUGAAUGUGGGAAGGCAUUCCGCCAGAGUUCACAGUUGAACCGACAUCAGACAAUCCAUACUGGAGAGAAACCUUAUGUAUGUAAUGAGUGUGGCAAGGCCUUCCAUCAGAGUGCAGGGCUUACUCAACAUCAGACAAUUCAUACUGGAGAGAAACCUUAUGAAUGCAAUGAAUGUGGGAAAACCUUUAGCCUGAGCACACGACUUACAGUACAUCAGAGAAUUCAUACUGGUGAGAAACCAUAUAAAUGUAAUGAAUGUGGGAAAACCUUUCGCCAGUGUGCAGGACUUACUCAGCAUCAGACAAUUCAUACUGGCGAGAGAGCUUAUGAGUGUAAUGAGUGUGGGAAAUCCUUCCGACAGAACUCACAGCUUACUCGACAUCAGGUAAUCCAUACUGGAGAGAAACCUUAUGAAUGUAAUGAGUGUGGGAAGGCCUUCCGCCAAAGCUCACAGCUUACUCAACAUCAAAUAAUUCAUACUGGAGAGAAACCUUAUGAAUGUCAUGAAUGUGGGAAGACCUUCCGUCAAAGCUCACAACUUACUCGGCAUCAAAUAAUACACACAGGAGAAAAGCCUUAUGAAUGUAGUGAAUGUGGGAAAGCCUUUCGACGGAGCACAGAACUUACUCGACACCAGACGAUUCAUACUGGAGAGAAGCCUUAUGAAUGUAGUGAAUGUGGGAAGGCAUUCCGCCGUAGCACAGGACUGACUGAACAUCAGAGAAUUCAUACUGGAGAGAAACCGUAUGAAUGUAAUGAAUGUGGGAAAGCCUUCCGCCUGAGCAUAGGACUGACUGAACAUCAGAGAAAUCACACUGGAGAGAAACCAUAUGAGUGCAGUGAAUGUGGGAAGUCCUUCACCCUGAGCACACAACUUAAUCGACACCAGCGAAUUCACACUGGAGAGAAACCUUAUGAAUGUAAUGAAUGUGGGAAACCCUUUCGACAGAGAGCUCACCUUACUCAACAUCAGACGGUUCAUACUGGGGAGAAACCUUAUGAAUGUAAUGAAUGUGGAAAGGCCUUUAGCAGAAGCACUGGACUUUCUGAACAUCUGAGGAUUCAUACUGGAGAGAAACCUUAUCAAUGUAAUGACUGUGGAAAGACCUUCCGAUUGAGCACAGGACUGGCUGAACAUCAGAGAAUACAUAGUGGAGAAAAACCAUAUGCAUGUGAUGAAUGUGGGAAGGCCUUUAGCCUAAGCAAGCACCUUACUCAGCAUUACAGGAUUCACACUGAAGAGAAGCCUUAUGAAGGCAAAGCUUUAGGAAUGGAACAAAGUAUGAAGGAUUUCGGUUAAAUUGCACACUUUAUGGAAAAUUGGAUAAUUUGAAGUACAGGUAAAUCUUAUCGAUUGACUAAAUCCUUGUUUAAUUUCCCCCAGUGGCUGCAUCCUGUCCUUCCCCUCUCAGGCUCCAGCUCCCUCCCUCUUCCAACUCCCCAUACUUAUAACAGAUAACUUAUGCUCCUAGUUUACUGAGAAUAUUGUGGCAGUCUUAUUGGAAUUUGCUUCUUUAAUUCCAUUUCCCAAUAGCUCUUAGGCUUGCCAACUAUUCUUUUUUCCUUGUUAGUGUCACAGAAGAGAUCUCCCUACUCUUUACUGAAGCCGCUCCUUUGCCUGUGCCUUUGACGCAUCGCCUCCGGCUUACUCCAGGGCUGUCUUCCAGCAGCCUGCUGUUCUCUGACAUGGCUCUCAAACCUGUACACUGGCUCGUUCCUGGCUGACUACAAAACACAGUCAGGCAUUCCCAAUUCGUUGUGUCCCCAGUCAUGCUACUGUCUCGCCUGUUUUCUCCCUUUCGUUGCCAGACUCAUUUAAAGUCAUCAACACUCGAUAAUGACUGACAUUUGCAGUGCUUUAAGGAUUGCAGGGUGUUUGAUGUGUUGCACAGCAAUUCGCACAUCCACAUUGUGAAAUCAGUGCGUUGCUGUCAUCUGUACUUUACAGAUGAGGCCACGGAGGCUCUGAGAGGCUCAGUGAAUUACCCAUUGGCACACAGCUCUUCUGCUUCCAAUUCUUCAUCACUCGCUAUCUCAACGCCAUGGAAUCCAGUCUCAGGCCCAACCCCUUUACUGAAACAGCUUUGACAAGUCACUGAUGAUUUGAUGAGUAAAUACAGCGGCCUUUUUGUUUAAUCCAAAUCCUCUUUGACCUCUGUGGACUACUGGGCAUAGUUAUCUGUCCUUUCCUUCUAUAUACUUCCUGCAUCAUUUUCUUUGUGAAAUCAUUCUCUUGGUCAGUGGUAAUAAUAAUACAUCUAAAUUGUGCUUUUAAGUUUGCCACACACUCAUCCUACAAGUCGGUAAUGCAAGUAUUAUUGCUCCUAUCCUACAGCUGGGGAAACUGUUGCCCUGAGGAAUUAAGCCAUUUCCCCAUGAUCAAACAGCCUGUGAGUGUCCUGACUCCAAGUCAGGGGAUAAUGUAACCUCAGGCUGUAUUAAGAGAGGCAAAAGAUUCAGAAAUUCAGUCCCUCUGUCCUCUGCCAUGGUCCAUCCACAUCUGGAGUUUUGUGUUUAAUUUCGGGCACCACAGUUUAGGAAGGACAUUGAUAAAUGGAGUGUGCAGAAAAAAGGAACCAAGAUGAUGAAUGACUUUGAGUCUAUGUCUUAUGAGAACUAGUUGAAUGACUUUGAGUCUUAUGUCUUAUGAGAACUAGUUGAAGGAACUGAGGGUGUUUAAUUUGAAGAAGAUUAAGAAGGAUAUGAUAACUGUCCUCAAGCAUUUGAAAGGCUGUUAUGUGGAAGAGGCAUUCAGUUUAUUUUGGUUCCAGAGGUUGGAAUGAAGAUGUAAAGAGUCAGAUGUAGGGUAGAUAUAAGGAAGAACUUACAAUUAGAGUAAUCCAUAGGUAGAAUGGAUUGCUUUGGGAAUUAGUGACCUCCCCUUCAUUGAAAGUCUCCAAGCAGAGACUGGAUGACCACCUUUCAAGUCCAUGAUGAAAGGGAUUAUUUUGGGGUAUGGGUUGGACAGAUAUCUCUGAGGUUCCUUCCAGUUCUGAAAAUCUAUGAUUACACAAAGCUAUGCCCCUCUCUAGAGGUUUCUGACAAAGGUUGGAUUCCUCCUGUAGGGUAUGAUAAUAAUAGAUAGUAUUUAUAUAGUGCCUACUAUGUGCCAGGCACUGUCCUAAGCAUUUUACAAAUAUUAUCUGAUUUGAUCUUCACAACAACCCUGUGAGGGAGAUGCUAGGGGCUUGGUGAACAAAUGUCUCUUGAAAGAAAAGACCACCUAUCAUUAUAAAUGACCACAUGAAAAAUGGCUCAAUCUCAAUCAGAUCCUCAGAUUAAAACAGUUAUGGAUAUAAAAUGCCACCUAUCGUCCACCAAACUAACAAGGUCGUCAUUUCAAAUGAUAAAUUCCAGUAAUGGCAUAGCCAGAGUAAUAAGCUCACAGUUCCAUUGCCUGGGAAGCUCUUUGGCAUGAGCUAUGAACCACCCAUACAUCUUUGGCCAGUGACUUGUCUAUGAAGACCAUCAACCUUGAGGAUAUUUGUGAUGGGGGGUGGUGAGGCAGGAGGAUACUUGCUGCUAUAAAAUUAUUCUUUGAAACACAAUUCACAAGAAUAAAAACCUGGAAACAACCCUUGUGUCCAAAGAUUAGGGAAUCGACUGGGCAAAUUGUACAUGUUAUGUGACAGUGGUGCUAUGAAGAACACGGAAUUGUGUGGGAAGCCUUUCAUAAAGGGAAGUUAGUGAAAAGGAAACAGAAUCUGAAUAGCAAUGCACACACAGCCAACAACUAUGUAAAUAAUAGCAAUACCACCCAGGCAAAUAUGCAGAAACAAAGAACAUUCGUGGUUCUCUGUGGUCAACAUCAAGACGUUUAAAAAAUAAACUAAGUUUCACGUGUGAACAGUCAUUCUUAUAUUGAGCGCUUUGUUGAUACAGGAUAGAAUAAACAUUGUUUUCCAUUGAAAAUGCAAUGUUUCAUUUGAAUAGUCAGUAUAAAACCAGGUUUUCAGGAUAAGGUUAAAAGUGCUGAGGAAAGGACCCCAGAUUGUCUUCACAGUGCUGCUGGCAGGCUCCCCUUUUGAUAUCAAUUCCAUUUAAUGAAUAUUAUGAAGUGCCUUCUAUCUGCAAGACUUAGCCCAAUUCGUGUUGACAUGGACUGUGAGGCUACAGGGAAUGCUCUGUGUGUGUGCUAUGGGGGUUGCCUGGUCCCUGGGUGAGGGGAUGACUCAUUGCCUUGCUUCGUUCCUAGCACCUUCAGUGAGAUUCACUCAAGGCUUUCCCCAGUCCCUCUUCCAUUAGCAUAGGUUCAAGCCCUAGUGAUGGACCCAGGGAGGAGCUGGGAACACCCAGUGGGCUGUGGGUGUGGAGAAGGAAAAGAAAGGCAUGGGGAGGCCCACCAAGAGAUAGGGGAUUUUCUUUAGGAAAUGACCAUCUUAGGGUUGUCUCCUUCCCUACUGUGUUUAGACAUGUCCAUGUCUCCCCCAUGUUCAAAAAGCCCUCAGUUGAUCCUUCCAUCCCUUUUAAGUAUCACUAACCAUCUUCCCCUAUCUUCUCUGCCCUUUGUGGCAGAAUUCCUCUGUCUACAAUAAAAGUGGUGCCUCUACUUUCUCUCUUAUUCUCUUUUUAACCCUUUACAAUCCAUCUUCCCACCUCAUCAUUCCAUUGGAAUUACUCUGCAAAUCUAUCAGUCAUCUCUUGGUUGCCAAAUCCAGUAGCCUUUUAUCUAUCUUCAUUCUCCUUGACACUCUGCAGCCUUUGACAAUGUUAAUCACUCUCUCCUGGAUAUUCUCUUCUCCUGGUUCUUCUACCUCCCUGAUUGCUUCUCAGUCCCCUUUGCUGGGUACUCUUGCAGGUCACUAUAGGUGUCCCACAGGUUUCUGUCCUAGUCUCUCUUCUUUUCUCAACCUACUUCACUUGGUGAUCUCAUAACCUCCAUGGAUUUAAUUACCAGCUGUAUACUGAUGACUCUACCUGUCCUGCCUGAAACUCUCCGCUAAUCUCCAGUCUGCCAUCUCCAACUGCCUUUCAAACAUCUUGAACUGGAUGUCCAGUAGACAACUUAAAAAUCAACAUGCCCAAGGCAGAGCUCAUUACAUUUCUCCCUAAUCCCUAUCACUUUGACAGUGAAUGCAAACCAGUAGGAAACCCUACAUUCGAAGGAAACCCCUAACUUAUUACCAUCCUCUAUCCUCAAAUUCCUAGCCAUCUCCCACUCUUAUUUCACAUAUUUGUAGCUGCUGAUUUUUAAAUUAAGGGUCUCUAACAGGGCCCUAUCUCACAGGUUUUCAGAUUCAUUAACCAUUUUUUACUCCUUCCUUCCAUUCACAGAAGAAAAGAUAUCUGCUCCUUGCUAAGGCAAAUUAUUUUUCUUGCUCCCUUGAUCUUAUCCCCAUCUGCAUAUUCUAGAACCUUAUUCCAGUAACCCUUUCUCAUGCAGCCCUCACCUAUCCCUCCCAUUGGCUCUUACCUAUAUACAUACUCAGGUCCCCCCAAUAUUAAGAGGAAAAAGAUCACUCCUGACCUUCCAUCCAGUACUGUCCCUUCUCCCUUUAACUGAAAAAAAAAAAACAUUGAAAAUUCUUGUCUACUUUUUUCAUAUCUUCACAGCCAACAUCUGAACACCUUGCAAUUGAGCUUCUAUCCCAACCACUUUACAAAAUUAGCUCUCUCAAAAGUCUAAUUUUAAAACUUUGAGCAAAUACCUGAAUGUAAUAUUGUCUAAGCUCAGCUCUCCUCCACCAUAUGGCAGAACUAAAGAACAACCAGAUAUAACACUAUGUAGGGGGAAAUCAUUAGCGUAAAUAGUAGAAGGACAAUAAUAAAAAUGAUUCAAUAAUCCCAAAGAGAUCACAGCACAGGGAGUAACUACUGUGCCGUAAAAUAAAAUAAUUUGAAGAUUGUAAAGGAGGAGAAAAGGAGUAUAGCAACUACUACAAAGUCCCUCAAAAUAUGAGAACAAGGGAAAGGACUUCUGAAAUGGUUUUAGAAGAGCAAUUUUUUAAAAAUUGAAAGAGUUAGUAAGGACGGAAAUUAAUGCAGGAAUCUCAAAGAUAUCCAAAAAGACACCAAGGAAUAGGUAACAACAUUUGGAGAAUUUCUCCAGAAUUGUUGAUUCUCUGAGUGUCUCAGGCAACUGUAUCACUAAAGUUUUUGUUUACUGAUCUGUAUCUUUGGAGGGAGUUCUAUACAGUGACGAAAUCACAGGUUAAGGCUAAAAAAAAAUUGCACAUAACAAGAAGACAUCAAAAAAAAAAUUACCUAAAGCUAGAGAAUACUAAUUAAAAAAAUUAAAGUAUGGUUUUAAACUACUUUUUCUUGACCAGUUCCUUGGGGGACUACUAUAGCCCACCUCACCAUUUCUUGUGACACUGACAUCUGAAUUUCUGCCUGUGGAAGUAAGUCCAAGUGAUGGGCAGGGCCUCUUUAUAGGAAUGGAUACGUUUAUGAGUGUAUCCUGGAACUGACUCAGGCAGUGCCUCAUUUUGAGAGAUUCACUUGUUAAAUAGGAAAAAAACACUUGUAUUAGUGUAAUGAACUAAAUAGAAAUAAAAAAUAAAUAAAAAUAUAAACAUUUGCAUGUUAAGAGUUUUCUUUGAAGAAGUUCCUAACCACUUGUAACCUCUCAGCCGGCCUAUUAUUAAUUCAAUAGGUAUUUUUCUUCUCUUGUAACUUGCUAGAGGCCUUCUUGGCUCUGAGCUGUUCCCCUUCCCACUUCCCUACUUCUCACCUGCACACGUAAAAAUGACAGUAGCUUUAUUUCUCUCUCCCCCUUCUUCCAUACACACAUAAAAAUGACAGUAGUUUUUUCUAUAUUCAGUCUCAGGAUAAUUAUUAACAUCUGUGCUCUGAGGACAUGCUUCCGAGCCUGAGAUAACAACUACGUCUCAAGGUGUGUCUCAUCUUUAAGGGAGUUAUGAAAAGUUGCCCAGGACACACCUUCCAUCCAGAUAACAGCUGUAUGUGUCUGAGACUGCUGGACACGUAGAGUUGCCUUAAAAAUCAGUCAUUUCAGAAAAGACUGGCCAUAGGCUCAGUAUCCAUCACGUAUCCAUCAAUGGGUGGUCUCCAAGUCUUCGAGGCCAAACUAAAAGGUGAAAACUUGCCUUUCUCCAUAAGAAAGAGUAAAUCAGGCUCCUCUAUCACUGCUGAAGAGGCAUUGUUGCCAAAGCUCACUGUUGAAAGAUAGGAAAGACAAAGCUAGAAUCUAUCAUUAACUCUAGGGGAUUGUUGGAAGGAGAUGCAGUUCAGCAAUCAUCAUCAUUUUGGGGCCCAGCAGCCUGCACUAAAUUCUUCAA